UGAGGUGGGUGUAACGCUAUCCUGCACUCUGCGCUUACCUCAGCCUUUCAUUCACUGAGGAAGUCAGAUCGUCAGAGUUGGAGCGGCGCAGCACAAAACGCAAAGGUUUACAUCCCGGAUUGUCCUGUUGUUUUGCUCCCUCUGUCUCCCGGUCAACUCUGAGCACAAAGAUGAGCAGCACUGAAGCAAACAUGAAUGGCAUCAGUGGUGACACUGCUACUCUUCACCUGGAUGAAGCCAGGCACAAUGAGGUAAAGGAUCUCUUGAAGCCUUUCCGUCUUUCGCUGGACAAGCUGAAGGAAGUUUCUGCCCGACUUCGGAAAGACAUGAUCCGAGGUCUGGGGAAACACGCGCAUCACAGAGCGGCCGUCAAGAUGCUGCCCACCUUUGUAAGAGCAACACCGGACGGGACUGAGAAAGGAGACUUCCUGGCACUAGAUUUGGGUGGAACAAACUUUCGGGUGCUUCACGUCAGAGUGAUGGAGGAGGAGCAGAAAAUGCUGAAGAUGGACAGUCAGAUCUGUGCCAUCCCUCAAGAAAUCAUGAUGGGAACUGGAGAACAGCUGUUUGAUCACAUCGCAGCCUGUCUUAGUGAGUUCCUCGACUCUCAGAACCUGAAAGGACAAACUCUUCCACUGGGUUUCACCUUCUCUUUUCCCUGUGAACAGAAAGAAAUCGACAAGAGCAUCCUGAUCCGCUGGACAAAAGGCUUCAACUGCUCUGGGGUGGAAGGAGAGGAUGUGGUGAAGCUACUGAAAGAGGCCAUCCACAGGAGAGGGGACUUUGACAUCAGUUCAGUUGCCAUGGUGAACGACACAGUGGGUACGAUGAUGAGUUGUGGAUACCGGGAUCAGACCUGCGAGAUUGGGAUGAUCAUUGGAACGGGAACCAACGCCUGCUACAUGGAGGAGAUGAAGAACGUGAAGCGUGUGGAGGGAGAGGAUGGACGGAUGUGUAUCAACACAGAGUGGGGCGGCUUCGGAGACGACGGCUCCCUUGAAGACAUCUUGACGGAGUUUGACAAGACGGUAGACAGGACUUCGAUCAACCCUGGAGUUCACACCUUCGAGAAGAUGAUCAGUGGGAUGUAUUUGGGGGAAAUCGUUCGGCUGGUGCUGAGGAAGCUGACAGAGAAGAAGCUGCUGUUUAAAGGGAAAGAGUCUGAGGCCCUGCGUGCCCUGGAUACUAAAGACAUGUUUGAGACAAAGUUCAUCUCUAUGAUUGAGGAGCCGGACAGUGGUCUAGAAAAUGCCAUAAAGAUUCUGACUAAAUUGGAUCUAAUGUGUGAUUCGGGUGACCCCCACGUGGUGCGACUUGUCUGUGAGACCAUCUCCUCACGUUCUGCUCGUCUCUGUGGUGCUGCCUUGGCAACCAUUGUCAACCGUAUUCGUGCCAACCGAGCGCUGCCUCAUCUGAAGACUACAGUGGGAGUGGAUGGGACCGUCUACAAAAAACAUCCUAAUUACAGUGACAAGCUCCAGGAAAUGGUGCGCAGCCUUGCCCCCCAUUGCGACGUCAAGUUUCUUGUCUCUGAGGACGGCAGUGGGAAAGGUGCUGCCAUGGUUACCGCUGUGGCUCAGCGGCUAGCUCUCCAGUCACGGCUGUUGGAGGAGAGCGAUAGUGAGGAAGAUGAAGAGGAAAAAGUGAGAAGCUAACUGAGCACAAUUUAAGACAUUUUCAAUGUUAUCUGGUAUCUGAGAACUUGUAAAAACCCAGCUGUACUUUUAUCAACUUAUGUAAAUUGUGAUACUUCAGUAAGAAAUUGACAGGCUGAUUUAUUUUUGCUUCAAAUUUUAUACCAAAAAUAAAGAUGCACAUUAAC